AGAGAGAGACGCAACACCUGCCAGCACUUGACUGGAGGCUUAGUGCAGCGGACAGGCUUUGUAUACUGGGAUAUGUUUCUUUUUCUCUUUCAAGAGUUUUGAGAAAGCGGGAGGCCGGAGACACGAUUAAUCAAACGCAUCAAAGACUUUCUGACACAUCACAAUAGGCUUGGCUAAGAUUGCGCACUUCGUUCCUUUCUACUAACUUUUUACAACUUCAGAAGCGAGGCGGACUUUCACAAGUGGAUUGUUUGAGGGUGAUUUAACUCGCGGAAGGGUUUCGGGUGGCUUUGUGUCGGACGGUGCGCUGAAACAGGGUUUGGUCGCCAGGCGCAAUGUAGCGACCAUUGGGGGAGACAGCAUCUACCUGCACCUUGGCAAAGCGAGCCCAUUGUAAUCUGCAGUACUGCGAAAGAAAAUAUUACCAGGUGACCGUGGCAACAUCACCAUGGUGACGGCGCCGCCCCUCCUCUUCCUCCUCCUCUUCCUGAGUUUGCACGUCUCUGGUCUCCGGGGCAACCCCCGCCCUGCUCCCAGAGUACACCUCUCUUUCAAAGAGCUGUUGGACACCAGGACAAUCCGACCCUUCAGUUUUUCCUUCAACACCAGUGAUUAUCGGAUCCUGCUGAUGGACCAGGACCAGGGCCGGCUGUACCUGGGCAGCCGGGAAUACUUGGUUGCCCUUGACAUGCAGAACAUCAACAAGGAGCCCCUGAUCAUCCAUUGGCCAAUCAGCUCCCAGAGGAAAGCCGAAUGUAGACUGACGGGUAAAGGAGGGCAGGGCGAGUGCGCCAACUUUGUGCGUCUGAUCGAGCCCUGGAACCGGACUCACCUGUACACCUGCGGCACGGGGGCCUACAAGCCCAUCUGCACCUUUAUCAACCGCGGCUGGAGAGCGGAGGAGUAUCUGUUCCGCCUGGUCCCGGGGUAUGUGGACUCAGGGAAGGGGAAGUGUUCUUAUGACCCUCACCAGGAGACUGCGGCCGCCCUCAUCAAUGGAAAUCUGUACGCAGGGGUCCAUGUGGACUUCAUGGGCACAGACUCGGCCAUCUUUCGAACCCUUGGUGACAAACCAGCCGUCAGAACUGAGCAGUAUGAUUCCAGGUGGCUCAAUGAGCCGGUGUUCGUUAAAAUCCAGCGUAUUCCCGACAGCACGGAGAGGAACGAUGACAAGCUGUACUUCUUCUUCCGGGAGAAGAGCCUAGACGCUGGGGGAGGGGCCAGCCCCACGGUGCUGGCCAGGGUGGGGCGAGUCUGCCUGAAUGACGACGGAGGUCAGCGGUCGCUGGUGAAUAAAUGGACGACCUUCCUGAAGGCCCAUUUGGUGUGCUCUGUGAUUGGUGGGGAUGACGGUGUGGAGACCUACUUCCAUGAGCUGAGAGACGUUUUUAUUCAGUCAACUCAGGAUGAGCGUAAUCCAGUCGUCUAUGCAGUCUUCUCCUCCGCUGGGUCAGUGUUUAAAGGCUCGGCUGUGUGUGUGUACUCCAUGGCCGACAUCCGCAAUGUCUUCAACGGCCCCUUCUCUCACAAACAAGGCCAUAGCUACCAGUGGACCCCGUACACUGGCAAGAUCCCCUACCCUCGUCCAGGCACAUGUCCAGGUGGCACCUUCACCCCAGGCUUUCGUUCUACCAAGGAGUUCUCAGACCAGGCGGUGAACUUUGUGCGAGCCCAUCCCCUCAUGUACCACCCGGUGUACCCCAUACACAGGCGCCCCCUUGUGGUGCGCACGGGUGUGGACUACCGCUUCACCACUAUUGCGGUGGACCAAGUGGAAGCGGUGGAUGGGCGUUAUGAGGUCCUCUUCCUGGGGACAGAUCGCGGAACAGUCCAAAAGGUCAUAGUCCUUCCAAAGGACCCCAGCACCACAGAAGAACUCAUUCUGGAGGAGGUGGAAGUUUUUAGGAUUCCAGCUCCCGUUAAAACCAUGAAGAUAUCUUCCAAAAGGCAACAGCUGUACGUGUCAUCAGAGAGAGGCCUGACCCAGGUGUCGCUGCACAGGUGUGCCGUGUACGGGAAGGCCUGCUCCGAUUGCUGCCUGGCCCGCGACCCCUACUGCGCCUGGGACGGCGAGAACUGCGCCCCUUUCACCACCGCCACCAAAAGGCGGAGUCGAAGGCAGGAUAUUAAACAUGGGGACCCCCUGCGCCAGUGUAGAGGAUUCAAUGCCAAAGUGGAGACACGGUUGCGGGAGACGGUGCAGUUUGGAGUGGAGGGGAGCAGCACGUUUCUGGAAUGUCAGCCCCGUUCCCCCCAGGCCUCAGUCAAGUGGCUGCUGCAGAAGGAGGGACGCAGGAAAGGGUUGAAUCGGGACAGGGAGAUAGUGAAGACAGCUCAGGGCAUCUUGCUGAAGUCGCUGUCUCAGUCAGACUCCGGUCUGUACCACUGCCUGGCCACGGAGAACAAGUUUAAGCACACGAUCGCGCGUAUAUCCCUCCGCGUCCUGGACCGCGAGAUCGUGGAGGCGCUGACUGCCCCCGACGCCCCGCCUGAACACCACCACCACGCCCAUCCCCCGCCGCCCCCACCCCCUCCUCAAACUCUGCCCCCCCAGCCUGAGGUCAGGCUGAUACAGCAGUACUGCCAGUCCUACUGGGACCAAACCGACAGCCAGCAGCCCAAACGCACAAACAGGAGACACACUGACUCACACACACCUGAGUGACUCACUCACUCUGACUCACACACACCUGAGUGACUCACUCUCUCUGACUCACACACACGAUUGACUCAC